AUGUAUAACCGCACGGAACAGUUGCAGGAUCUCGCGGAAGGUGUUAAAAGGUCCAAUCAGUAUGAGAAGGACUGCAUAAUCGUCGUGCGAGACGGCGGCUUCAUCUCGCAGACGAAUGGCGGCGAUGGCGCCAACGAGGAAGGGGAGGACGAUGAGCUGUUCCAACAGUACAUGCACAAGGUGCAGGCGAUGCGGACGCUGAUAGCGUCGAUCGACGAGGGCGUGAAAGAAAUCAACUCCCUCAUAGAACUGAGCGCUAGCGCAGUCACCAACCAGCAAAACGAGGAAGUCAGCACCAAACUCACCGACAUCAUCGCAAGCACCAACGAAGUGUGCACCCAGUGCAAGGCCGCUGCGUCCAUCCUCGAGCUAGGCAAGAGCGAGGGCACGCCCACAGAGGCGCGGAUGCGAGAGAACGCAUACAACGUCUGCAUCAAACACUUCCAAGCCGCGAUCAAGCGCUACCAGGACGCCCAAAUCACGUUCAAAAAGGCCAUCAAGGAGCGCACUGCGAGGCAGGUGCAGCUCAUAUACCCGGAGCUGGACAGCAAAGAGCUCGACCGCAUGAUGGACUCGAGCAAGGGCCACUCCAUGCUCGAGCACAUCGCGCGGUCGUCCAUCAUCGGAACCGCCAGCUUGACGGAGGCGGUGCAGAACAUACAGUCCAAGUACAACGACGUGCUCGCGCUGGAGGACAGCGUCGAGGAGCUGCACCAGAUGAUGAUCGAGCUCGCCGGCGUGGUCAGCUACCAGGGCGACCUCAUCGACCAGGUGGAGUACAACACGAUGAGGGCGAUGGAGUACACCGAGAAGGCGAACGUGGAGCUCACCAAGGCGCUGCACAACCAGCGGCGGAGCAACCGGCUCAUGGUAUACAUCAUGCUCGGCGUGAUCGCGGCGGGGCUAGUCAUCGGAGUGCCGAUCAUACUCAAAAUCACCUGA